AGGAAGAGGAGCGGGCGGAGAGGAAGAGGAGCGGGCAGAACCAGACCCAGCAUCAGGGAGGAGAAGACGGAGAAGAGGAGGAAAGAACCAGCAGAACAGAGAAUCAUCAACAGGAACCUCAGAGAACCGGGGGAAGAACCCUGAGGAGGAACAGUAGAGAACAAACUGAGACUCAGUGUGGAACUACUGACACACACACUCACACACACACACACACACACACACACACACACAGACACAGUCAUGUCACAGUUUUGAGGAGUCGCAGAAUAAGUGUUCUUACACUGCACAAAGAGAAAAGAAGGUUCCACCCCCUCUGCCCCCCCUCCCCCCCACCCAUCAUGCCGGUCCUCAAGAACCUCCCGGUGCGCCUGAGAGGCGGCGGUCCGACUCUCGACAACGCUUGGAUCCUGCGCAGGAUGAGCCUGAACAUCACCCCCCAACGAAGCCCCUUCCACGACGACAGUGAUAAUGGCGACCACUGGUCACCUGACAGCUCGCUCCUGGACGGGGAGGUGCCGAGGGACAGAAACCCCUUUGAGGACGAGGAGGACGAGAAUGAGGCCAACGAAGGGAAGAAGGGAGGAGGAGGAGGAGGCACGGCGAAGAGUUCCUUCAAGUUCAAGUCUCCGCUGAAGAGUCUGGGAAAACUGGGGAAGACGCUGAGAGCGUCCGGGAGGAGCAAAGGAAGUGCCACUCCCUCCCCACAGGGGUCACUGCAGGGAACGCCCUCACCUGCAGAGAAGAAGAAGAGAGGAAGGAGAAGCUCUGAAGGAAGUCUGCUCAGGUUUGCAGGGAAGUAUCGUGACACCCUGAGCUCCUACAAGGAGUCGUUCACCAACGGGGAGCUGAACUGUCCCGAGAGCGAGAGCGACUCCACCAGCCGCCGCCUGUCCUUCAUGAAGAUGGUCGGCCUGGGGAAGCUGAAGAAGGAGUCCAUGGCCGACCACCUGUCUCUGGGGCCCGAGGAGCAGCCGGUGCAGGAGGAGGUGGUCGAGGAGGUCAAACCCCGAGAGCCGCUGUCAGUCCUGGAGAUCCUGCAGCUCGUCAAGAGGCGGGACCUGCUCCUGGCCGACUCCCACAUCCAGGAGCUGGAGCAGGAGUGUAACGAGGAGGACACCAGCGCUAGCGUGAAGGACAGCGAGCGCAGGAAGGCGAAGGACGUGGAGCUGCUCUACGAGGAGCUGCAGAAGGAGCUGUGGGCUGUGGUCAGGGAGUCUCUGAGGUCCCCCACCGCGGGGCCCAACCUGGGCCUGGUGGUUCAGGUGCUGCAGCAGGAGGAACAGGCGGAUAAAGACUGGGCCCUCAGUGGGGGGGCAGCCCCUGGGGGCCCGAGGCCUCGUCAGCUGAAGCAGAGGUGGAGGGAGGCCGUGGAGGAGGCAGCUGACGGCUCGCUGCCCCAGAAGGCGGAGUUCACGGCCGGGGAGCUGGAUGGUUAUCUGGGCCGGCUCCGGGCCCGGGUGGUGGAGGACCUGGGGGCCGCCAACAGGAACGUGGUCUCCAUCUACCCCGAGGAGUUCCAGGCCUUCCAGGUGUACGUGCAGAGCUACCAUCAGGCGGUGGCUAGGCGCCUGGAGGCCAUCACCGACAGCCAGCUGGAGAUCACAGACAUCUACUCACUGCUGAACUGGCUCCACAACGUCUACGACAGUGAUGUUCUGGGGACCGUGUGCAUUACGAGUCCGUUCAGUCGCUCACAGCUCAGCCCUCUGCUGCCCCUAGAGACCGUGGACAGACUGCAGCUGGACUGUCUGAACUCCGUCAGGGCGAAAGUGACCACGGAGCUGAGUCAGGUGCUGGACGAGGAGGAGAAGCGAUGGAUGGAGACGCUCCACAUCGAGGAGUUCCACAUCAAUCUGGCCAAGACUGUCAUGCAGCGGCUGCAGGUGGAUCUGGAGCGCUCGGCCUCCAUCAACCAGAGUUUGGGCUCCAGAGUCGCUCAGUGCUGCCUCAAUGGUCUGGCCGACUUCCUCUACAGUUUCCAGCGUAAAGUGGACAUGUUCCACGAGGGGAUGCAGAGCGGAAUGUUUGGAGACAAUGAAGACGGAUACGUGUCCAAAACCAUCGCCCUGGUCAACUGCUGUCCCCCGUUCAGGGGUUUCGUGCAGCGCUGUGCUCAGUGUGAUCCGUCACUCGGUGAGGACUCUCUGCAUCGAGCCAAUAAAGCUCUGGAUCACAUCGUUCAGCAGGGGGUUCGAGUCCUGGCAGAACGACUCUACCUACACAUCAGGCCGUUCUUCGAGCGCUUGGUGAAGAAGAAGUGGAUCAGUAACUCGGAGCCGUACGAUCAGAUCGAAGCGCUCAUCAAAGAUCACUUUAAGAAGUAUCACAGGAUGGACAGUCCCCCGUAUCAGCUGCUGGUGGCGGAGGUCCACCGCCGUGUGGUCAUGGAGUACCUUCGCUCGGUCAUGCGAGGCAGAAUCCUCUGCACCUCCAUGAAGAUGAGGAAGAGGAUGGCUGGACGCCUCAGGGACGAAGGCACACAGAUCAAAGUCCUCUUCAAAGACCUGGAGUCUCCGUCCAGCUGGUUGGACAGCGCGCUCGCUCACAUCUCAGAGAUCAUCCAGCUGGAGGACGUCCCGUCCGUCCAGAUGGAGGUGGGGGUUCUGGUCAGAGAGUUUCCGGACGUCAGGAAGAAACACGUGUCGGCCAUUUUGAACAUCCGGGGGAUGACUCGGCAGUCGGAGCGUCAGGAGAUCCUGAACAUCGUGAAGGACCUGGAGAGCAGCGACGGCGGCUCGGCUCGACUCGCCCGUGACCGCGGCCUCUUCUCGGAGGUGCCCGUCACCUCGGAGGUCCACUGCCUGAACGUGGGCCUGAGCCGCGUGGCCCUCACGGCCUCGUCCUGCUUCACCGCGCUGAGACCCCGCCGACGCAAAGCCCGCACGCCCGUCCAGGAGAACCCCGACGACCUUCUCUGAGAGGGGUCACCAGGUUUCAGGUCUUCUGUCUGACAGGAAGUGAAACUGAGGCUUUUGGUUUAGUUCUAAUCAAACUCCAUGAAGAGUCAGGAUUAUUGUCCAUGAAACCAUCAGUGCAAACAACAGAAACCAGUCGGAUCCCAACACGAGGUCGUCAGCUCAGAAUCGAACCGGAUCAUCGCUCCAACGUUCAUCAAUCGGGUGAACGUCGGAGACUUUCAAUUCAACUGAAUCAGUCCAACGAGAUCAGAGCCCCUCUCUGUCGUGUCUGUUGAAUUCCCCUGAUCUGAGUUCAGCAGGCGAACCCGAGUGGGACCUGACGUCAGCUGAUCACUAAAUAAUAAUAUUCAGAGGCUGGAAUCCCAGUGGACUCAUUUUAAAGCUUCACCUAAAUAUUUCCAAUCAACACACUGAGAAUAGUGAGUCAGCAGAUCAACAACAUGUGUAACGAAAAAGAAGGAGACAUUGAUAUGUGUGUGUUGCUGUUUCCACAUGAUCUUCACAUGUUUAACAGGUUCCACUUCCAGUUUGUCACGAAUCACCUGCAUCAUGAUUUUAUAUUUGAUGAUUUCAGAUUUGAUUUGUAUUUUAAAUAUGAGAUCAGGUUCAUCCCUGUUUGAUUUCUGGACUUUGAGCUGAAAGGCACUUUAUCAAGGGUGGACGAGAGGAGAGCAGUUCUCUGGACUGAGGUGGACUCUGGACUGAAGUGGACUCUGGACUGAGGUGGACUCUAGGACAAAGACCAGAACUAGAGGACUCAACCACAGUUCAGUUCAUCAGAGCCGCUCAUUCAGGAUCUGGACUGAGACAGACCUGCUCGCUGGUUUUUAUACUUCAGGGUUUCACAGGAGUUUGUUUUGGGGUUUUCAAUUUUUUGCUUCAUGACAGUAACUGCACAGUCGUAGUUUUAUUGUUGCACAGGAUAUAAGAGAAAAGACAUUUAAUCUAAGGUACUAGACAAAGAGUUGUGAGUCUCUUCAGCUGAUUGUGUAUUUAAAGCAUUGAUUUUAGCUCCAGCUCGUUGGUGUGAUGAGGUUUCUGAUAAAAUUCUUCAGAGAUAAAUGCAGGUUUGUUAUUUGUGUUUUCGGAUAAACAGACAUUUACUUCAGAAUGUGUGAAACCAGAGGGAGGGCUCCCUCUGCUGGUGAUGACCGACAUCACACAAUCUUCCAAUUCUACGUUUGGAAGAUCCUCGAAUCCGUGGUUUUUCAGUUUGUGAACAAAACUUUCAAUGAUCUUUUUAUUCAAUAUUUCCAGGAACAAUGUGCUGUUGGUUUGCUGCAUUCAAGGUCCCUCCGACCUUUAAGAUCUCCAUCAUCGCAAACCUCUUCCAGCCGACACUCAGACACACACUUUACACUGUGUGUGUCGAUCAUGUGUCUGUCUCCUGUUGAUGUGGAUGCAUGAAAUACAACUUUGUGUUGAGAAUAAAACAUCAGAUCAC